UUCAAACCAAUUUAAAUCAAAAAUGUAUUCAAAUAGCUUUUUGUGUUUUUGUGUUUUUAGUGAUUCUAGUCAUCCUAAAAAAAGUUAAAAAAACAAAACAAAACUGAGGCAUUAUACAAACACAACAGUGUGACAAAUUUGUAAAGAGACCAAAUACAAACCUGUAAAUAAACUGUGGGGAUUUAUUUAGACACUGAUUUAUUCCCAGUGCUUUCUGAAGGUAAAUGUUGCUUUAAGAGUUGAGCAUGUGGGUGUUUCCCUACUAAGCAAAACAAGCUUCUGCAGAGAGCCUUCUGCCUUCUCCUGCAGGAAAACUCGCAGGGUUGUGAUUAUCUAAACCGAGCUAAAUAAAAUAAAGCUAUUAUUGCUGUUAGUUAUAAACGUUUAGAGUAACAUGCUUCAGCUGAAUGACUCGGUGGAGCCGGAGAGUCCAGGGGCGGCGGUUCUGCAUGCUGACGGCAUUGAGGAAGCGCUGGACGGGCUUGAGGUGGCGUUCAGUCCGGGGCCUGAGGCCCAGCCUAUGCUCGGCUUCGGUGCUGCUGUAGCCUGCUGCUCUCCACUCCAAAAACUCACACCUUUUCACGUCCACAACCCAACCCUCCGUGCAAAAGUGAAGGAUUACUUCGUAUUUAGGCCAGGAACCAUAGAGCAGGCGGUGAACGAUAUCCGUACGGUGGCUUUACCUUCAGAAGACGGCGAGGUUCUGAGUGUGUGGCUCUUAGCAGAAGUUGAUCACUGGAACAAUGAGAAGGAGAGACUGGUGCUCAUAACCGAGAGGUCCCUUCUGGUUUGUAAAUAUGACUUCAUAAACUUGCUGUGUCAGCAGGUCAUCAGAAUUUCCUUAAACGCUGUGGACACCAUUUCAGUCGGAGAGUUCGAGUUUCCACCAAAAUCUCUGAAUAAGAGAGAGGGCAGUGGUGUUCGUGUGCAUUGGGAUAAACGACCGAGACCUACUUUUCUAAACCGCUGGAAUCCCUGGUCCACCGACAUGCCCUAUGCCACCUUCACAGAGCACCCCAUGGCCCACGCUGAUGAAAAGGUGGCUUCCCUUUGCCAGCUGGAGAACUUUAAAACUCAGCUGAUCCAGGCAGUAAAGAGAGCCCAUAAGGAGUUUCCGAUCCCGGGCCGGUCUAACGGGGUGCUGCUGCUGGAGCGGCCGCUGAUCAUCGAGACCUACCUAGGCAUCAUGUCCUUCAUCAACAACGAGGCCAAACUGGGCUACUCCAUGACCAGAGGCAAAAUCGGCUUCUAGUUUAUCAUGGCUAACCUGCAUUGUUGCACUUGAAUAUGUUGAGCUCCAUGAAUCCCUUUUGUGUUGCUUGCUGGAUUUCAGUGGAGGGUGAAGCGUGCCCCUCUUCAUGCCACCAAUGUGACUCUCUGGCUCCACAGCAUGUGCCUAGAAGCAUCCGAUGCCAACAUCGAUGCCCCUUUACUGGGCUUGUGCCAUCCUGCUUCAUUUUGGUGUCCUACUCUACUAUGUGUAUUUUUUUUAACAGUAUGUUGAGGUGGGAUUCGGAGUGUGCGUGCUGGAGCGCUUUACAGGUAGCAGUAGUGGAUUAGGAUCCAGUGUUUGUUAAAACCUUAGGUAUUAAUCAUAAAAAAUAUUAGUGUAAUGCACCACAUCCCUUUUGUUAACAUGUUCUGUCAGGUCACCAGAUUAUUGAUUAUUUAUGAUAUAUGAUCUGUCCUCAUCAUUAAUGAUGAGGACAGCACGAUGGAAAAAUGUUCAUUGUCAGUAAACAGAAGAACAGCCAUAAUGUCAGUAUUCCUCUAAAGGCAGACAACAUACAAACUGUGCCAGCGUCUACAGUUUCGCCUUAGCGUUCACUAAGUUUUCAAGGUUGCUAUGACGAUACAGCAGUCAGCCUAAAUGUCGGCCAAUAUUUCCAGUUCACUGAAGGGGUAAAUGCUCUAGAUGUAACAGAUACACGUUUGUUUCUUGUAGUGGUAAAUUUUUUUUUUUUUGCACUAUUUUUCAAGCUAGAAUUAAGAGAAAUUUCAAUUAAAAACGCCUGUUAAUACGUUUACUUAAAUUCUAUUUGCCUCAGAAAUAUCUCAUAUAAAGUACUAAUCGUUAUUAUAACUACUGUUACUGAAUUCAUUUUAAAAGCCUAACAAUUUUAAACCAACUGUAAUGUUAAAGUCAUUCUUAAAACAAGAAAUGUGACACGCAUCAGUGCUGUCACUGAGAUUGCUAAAGCAGUCAUUAAUCUGUGUGUGUGUGUGUGUGUGUUCCAAUGCUUGCUCUAGCCAGGUACAGAAGGGUAGUCCAACGCAUAGAUUAAUUCAUGUGUGAAUUCAUCUCUCAUUAACCAGGUCAGUGAUGUAGAAAUUUUGUUGAACCAGACUGCUUAUGCAAAGAAGUUUGUAUGAAGCUCAUAAAGCUGAUGAUUACGUUAAUAACCUCUCAUACAGAACUCCGCUGCAAGCUUGUCAGUACAGUCCAAAAAGUGUUGUUCUAUUAGAAGUGUAUUCAUUAUCAUUUAUGAAUUUAAAUGGAAAAUUCACUGUGAAUGAUUUCAUAAUUAUGUUUAGAAUGAACUUUUUCAGUGAUUUCUUUUGUAACUCAGUUGAACUUUUUUUUUCCCCUUUUUGGUUCACUUCACUCUUUUUUUAAUUACCCACAAUGCCAUCCUUCUACCAGUAGUGCCACUGGGAUUUAGCAGCACUUUGACUCCUUUAGUCCAGGUUUCUCACCAGGUCAUUUGUACACUUACAAAAGAAGCUCUUGUUUAUUUGUGUAAUACGCGACACAUCUGCUAAUUUCUCACAGGAACAACCAACAAAUCUGCACCACUUUCACUAAACGCACCACAGAUAUUUGUAACGUGAACAUUUUGUUCCUAACGCUGCUGUGUUUCCUUUCCUUCAACACGUUCUGUCACACUUCAUAGUGAAAUCAGUGCACUUUUGGGGUGACUUUCUGCAAAAAUGUACCCUUAAUUGUAACUAACACGGCUCAGUUUAUGACAUUAAUCAGGGCUCAGGUUAGGAGAGUAAUUCAGCAACUUUCAGUUUAAAUGCUGCUUUUAUUGUUCAAGGAUGCAAAUGAGGGUUAGGAGUUUCAUUCUAACCAGAGAUGAUUAGUGCAGAUGCGUUAAUACGGGUUCCUUACUUUGCUUGUAUGCACUUUUACCAGUUUAUUUUCCCCCCUCUCUCUGUACAAUGUUGUUUUGUAUCAAACCUUUUAAUGAUUGCACUGUUUAAAUGAUUUUAUUUGUGUGUUUGUUUUGUACAAAUGUAAACUAUUGCAUGUGAGCUGUGCAUGCGGUUUACUGUAAAAAGUGGUUGUGUGCGCUAUAUGUGUAAGCUGCUUGUUGCUUCAAAUCACCUUUACAGCUUUCAUACACAUGAUCUCUGACCAGAUAUUUCUAAUUAAUACUAAUAGCCACUGAUUCAAAAAUACUGUCACGCCUCAAUUUCUUGACGUCUAACUGCUGGACUCAAAUUCUCUACGAUUAUUAGUCAGUAUUGUACCUUUUCAUGCUUCAGGUUGGUUUAUGGGAGUCAGACUCAGCAUUGUGGUCUACAUGUCGGUUCUGUGGAUUUGUACUGUAACAAUGCUCAGACUUAUUAAAAUUGCUCUACAUUCUU